AUGGGUUCAAACAUAUUGCGAAACUGGUUCGUGCCCAAGGAUGGCAUCAACCGCCAGGUCAUCUCUGCAGACAUACAGAAGUAUCUAGGCAACGAUGCAACAGUCCGUCCUGGCAAAGACAAAGAGAUCGAGGGCUACUGGAUCAAAGCAUACAGAAACCUCACUUCAGUACGUGUCUUUGCCGCGACUCUCCUGUCGCACUUGCUAACCUCGAUCCAGGAAAUGAUCAACGAUCUUCGAACGGCCUCGAUCAAGUGGGAGCAGGAGCAGCGCUCCGGUCGUCGAGGAAUGAACUACGAAGAGUCGCACACAUACAGACAGGCUACAAAUACCGGAGCUAACGGUACUGGUCCCUAUCGCGCCGGCACCAACUCGCCCCAGCUUUCUGGUGACGGCUACCUUCCNCCCAAUGGUCAUGUUCCACACCCUGCUGCCUCAAGGAUGCCUGUUCCGGACAUGACUUCCUAUGAUGAUCCCAGACGGAUGUAUGCUCCUCCCCAUUCCGCGGCCCCCGUUACCUCUGCCUUUGGAGAACCUCCUUCCAUGUAUGCUUCGCACCAACCCAGGCCGUCAGCCAAUGGAUAUGGUCCCUCAGGAGAUUUCUACAACGGCCACACUGGAUAUGCUCAUGAUGCUGCUCCCCCGCCCCAUGUCAGAGGCCCNCCUCAGUACCCUCCCCAGUACCCCACAGGGCAUAGAGAUCCCAGGGAUGAUCCCAGAUAUGCUCCGGAAUAUCAGGACCAGAUGAGAUACACUAACUACCCUCCGGUAUCUGUCGCACCAACCGGAGCCCCAAGUCCACAGACCACAAGGUCGGAUCAUUAUAUGACCACGACCACCACGCGCGGACUGACCCCACCUAGUAACUACCCUCCGCCUCGCAUGCCACAGUACGACUCGUAUGGACGNCCCCUAUCUCGCCUCGACGCCCAUGCCUGA